AUGGCUUACAAUGACCCAAAACGUGAAAUAAACUAUGAUAUUACAGAAGUCCAUGGUGAUUCAGAUAUAAUCAGUAAUGAAAAAGUUGAAACUAAGAAAAAAUCAUGGAGGAAUAAACUUUUUGGUGAAAGUAUCAAGUAUAAGACAAAAGAAGAGAAAACAUUUGUUAGAAAAUUAGAUUUUUGGUUAAUCUCAUGGACAUUUAUUGCAUAUUUAAUCAAAUCUAUUGAUCAAGCUAAUGUUUCAAAUGCUUAUGUAUCUGGUAUGCAGGAAGAAUUGAAUUUUAAAGGUCAUCAGUACAAUUUAUUAGAAAGUUUUUUCAAAAUUGGUUAUUCAAUUGCUCUUGUUCCUUCUCAAAUUAUGUUGAAUAAGAUUCAACCAGCAUAUUGGUUAAGCUCUUGUGAAUUAAUUUGGGGUAUUUUAACAGCUUUAUGUGCUGUUCCUAAAAAUAAUCCAAAUGGAUUAUAUGCCAUCAGGUUCUUUAUGGGUAUUUUUGAAUCAAGCAGUUGGCCUGGUAUUAUUAUAAUCCUUGGAAAUUAUUAUAAUAAAGAAGAACUAGCGUUAAGAAUUGGACUUUUCCAAACAUCAUCUUAUGUUGGUGCUAUGUUUACAGGGUUUAUGCAAUCAUCUAUUCAUACAACUUUAAAUGGGAAACAAGGACUCUCAGGAUGGAGAUGGAUGUUUAUUAUUAAUGGUUUAAUGACCAUAGUUGUCGCAGUUAGUGGAUUCUUUAUUGUUCCUGAUACACCUGAGAAUGGUGGUGCAAAAUAUUGGAUGAAUGAUGAUGAUAGAAGAAUAGCAUUAGAAAGAAUGGAAAGAGCAGGUAGAAAAACAAAGAGAAAUAUGACUUUGAAGACAUUCAUUUCAACUUUUACUGAUUGGAAAACAUGGUCAUUUGUAUUAAUCUUUGCUGUAAAAGGUUGGACUAUAGCACCAAAUUAUUUUAAUUUAUAUUUGAAAAGUUUGAAAAAUUCAGAUGGAUCCAAGACAUAUACAAUUUCUCAAUUAAAUACGAUCCCUAUUGGUGGUAAUGCCCUGCAAAUUAUUUCCCUGAUACUUUUCACCAAAUUAGCUAGUAUAUUUGGACAUUCAUUAGAAUUUAUUAUAUUCCAAGGUUUAUUAGCUUUCUUUGCAAAUGUUUCUUUAGCAGUUUGGCCUUCUUCAAGAAGUUAUCAACAUGCAUGUUUCUUCAUAAUGCAAUUCACAGAGGCAAUAGGUCCAUUCCAAUUGACAUAUAUGGCUGAGGUUUUCAGUGAUUCACCAGAGAAAAGAGCCAUUUGUACAGGUAUAACUGUUGUAUUUGUUUAUGCUAAUGUUGCAUGGCAAACUAUUUAUUUAUGGCCAGCAAAUGAAGCACCAAGAUAUAAAUAUGCGUAUAAAGUAUCUUCAGCUUAUAUUGCAAUCAGUAUAAUUGGUACUAUAUUUUAUUAUUAUUAUGUUUAUAAACCAGCUGUGGAAAGAAAUGAAAAUUUACAACGUAAAAGAGAAGAAGAAGAAAAUUUAGGUACUUUGACUGAUUGA